AUGGCUCCGACGGGAACUGUUGAAGAGGCGGAGAACGUUGUGGAGCCAAUGUUUACGAACAAUGUUCUGCACAUCGAUCUCGUGUGCGAUGUUAUCUUCUCCUGCUGCAAUCCGAUAUCUCUUCUACGAGUGGCGCUAACCUGCCGCCAAGCUCGCGCCGCAAUCAGUUCCUACAUGCACUACGCAUUUAAUAUCAAUAGACAUCUCAUGCGCUUCUUCCCGGACCCAUGCGCGUUCCGCUCUCUGCAAGCGCGUACGGGCACCAUCAUCUCUGGAUCGAUGGCGCUACAGUUCUUCGAUAGAUCCUUCUACCCUUCCUCCGACCUUGAUCUCUACACCCAUAUGUGCCACCGCCGCGAGGUGGGGGAAUGGCUGAUCAAAUCUGGAUACAAGUUUGCACCCACCCGGCGACAGCAGCCAACGUUCGAACAAAGUAUCGACGAUCUAGGUCUCAGAGCGUCUAACGUAUAUGGCCUGCCGGGUGUCUGCUGUAUCUUCGAUUUCACUAAGCGCAUCGCGGGUCGCCAGGAGCUCAAGGUGCAGCUGAUUGUAGCGCUCCACAACCCGAUAGAGGUCAUACUUGGCUUCCACUCCACAUGUGUAAUGAACGCGAUAAGCUUUGAAAAGGCAUACUGUCUCUUCCCGCGUGCAACUCUUGAGGAGCGUCACUCGCUCAUCAGCUCCACUCAGGCAGGCGCCUCGCGCUGGCGUGCACAGGGUAUUGCCAAGUACAGGAAGCGCGGCUGGAGGAUGCACUACAAGCUCCCAAUUUCAGAGGAUCAAAGAAAUAGGCUUUUUGGUUGCGGAUGGCGCUGGAUCGACGACGAGAAGAGCUGGGUAAUACCUCUUGACACCACUGGCAUCGAGCCCCCGCCUUCAGCGAACCUGAGCUCUCUACCGAUGCAGCACGAUCCGAUCUCUCUGUCCAAUUGGAAGAUCUUGUAUAACAAAGGGAGUGGGGCGAUUAUGCUGUUUACGAGCAUGAAGGAUGAGUUGCUGCGAUAUGAGUACAUGCUCACCGAUCGGGAUCUGCAGCUCUACAUCAACCAGGUUCUGUCCAUGAAAAAAAGAGAGGAGCAGUGCAAGAAGCAACUGCUUCUGGACUCGGAAGACAGUACGUUGUGCGACGAGCAGAUGGCGGAACUGGUUCAGGUGUGGAUGUUGGCACAGCGGGAGGAAGUCGCAUCUUCCGGGCCCCCGGCCGCCGGAGUCUAUUCCAACCAUCUGCCUAGAUUGGGGCUACCUACAGUGCAGUGCAGCAUCGCGUGA